UACAGCAAAUAUCUGCACACACACAACUGACUAACCAGACUGUACAAACCCCCCACCACUCAUAAACAGUCCCCGCCGUCCCUCGCCGCCUCCUAUUUAACCCGCGAUUGUGCAAUCAGGUCACUUUUGUUGUGCUUUUACGUCUACAAGUUUUGUUUCUUUCGUGAUCCAAAAUGAGGGUGAGACACCACUGCUGCUGCCAGCGACCAUCCCCUUGUUGUCAGCGUCAACAAGAUACUCCUCCACCUCGACAAGAAUCUCCACAACAACCGGCACAACAACCGGAAACGCCUCCUUCCGUUGCGUUUUUGCUAGCUGUCUGCAGAGCAGGAGAUGCUGCUGCCCCUUCUGGAACUGCGAAUACAACCCCAGAAGCUCCUCCAGCACCCCGAGAACUGCCCCCCGUGCCUCCGCAUCACGGUUGCCAUUGUCAGAAGCAAGGUAAGGAUAGGCACCAUGGUAUGAAGAAACAUUGGGGUAAACGCAGCCACCACCAUGGGCAUAUGGGUGGUCAUGGAUGUAAGGGGCAUGGAGGACACAAACGUGGCCACAAGGGGCAUGGUGGUUGUGGAAGGCGCGAGGAAUAUGGGCACGGAUGUCAUGGAUAUGGGCAUGGAUGUGGACGUGAACAUGGACAUGGACAUGGACAUGGACAAUAUGGGUGGCGCUUUCCAUGCUAUUGAAUUGUAAAUCCUAUGGGUUUUUUUUAUUAUUGGGUACCUUAGAUUGUUAAUAAGGUGAAAUGGGGGACAAGGGUUCGUGAUUAGGUAUAUUAGGUAUAUUCGUAUAAAAUAAGAUAACACACAUUUAUAUUACAUAGUAUACUAUAUCUAUAAUAAAUAUUUUUUAUAUGUCU